CCCUGCAAGCUUUGGUGUCCUUUGCGGUUAAGAAGAGUUUUGUCACGACAAAAAGAACGUACAUGUGCUUGUUGCACAGGACUUCAAGUGUAGGUUCUUCGCUCCCUUGUGUGUGGUGGAUUUUGUGGAUUUAACGGGGAGUAAGUGCUUACAGUAGAUACUGCAAGUGUCAUUGGUCUACGGAUGUGUGCAGCCCAGUCUGCAUUAGGAACACGAAGGAAAACAAAGAUAUGCAUUGUUUCUUCAUGUCUCUGAUUUUAUUGAACAAUAUAGCCAAAGACGCUGAGGUGUUCAUUCACGAGUACGGCCCCAAGGCUCCUCAUAAGUCUAGCCUGUUGUGAACCACUGCUGGUUUUUAUUUUCCCCCUUCAACAACUGACAAAUUAUCCCCAAAGGCUCGGAUGCAUUUGUCAAUGGAUACCCUGGGUGUCGUGGAUGAUGGUUGUCUGGACAAUUAUGAAAUGGCAAAAGGUCCGGGGUCAAGUGGCGGCAGCAGGGUCCACAGUAUCGAUGUGAUUCUGGGGUUCACCAAAGACCAGGACUCAUUACUCCAUCCAACAGAAGAUGAUGACAGUCAAAAAGACAAUCAUGGAGACGAGACACAGUACCCCGACAAGCAAGCUUCAUGUGAGCCAUACGGGCACUUUCCUGAACUGGGUGACAGUUCACAGAACUCUUCUUAUCAUGAUUCAGGCCUUUUCUCCAGUGAUAAGUGUGAUGGGGAGAUAAGCAGGCUGCAGAACGAGGAGGACACUGAUGAGGGUUCUCCAGAGACAGUUAAGGAACAAGAGCAUAUUAAAAAGAAACACAGAAGGAAUCGUACCACGUUCACCACCUACCAACUCCACGAACUGGAGCGAGCCUUUGAGAAGUCCCACUACCCAGAUGUCUACAGUCGCGAGGAACUGGCAAUGAAGGUCAACUUACCAGAGGUUCGAGUUCAGGUGUGGUUCCAGAACCGGAGGGCCAAGUGGAGACGACAAGAAAAGAUGGACACCAGUACCAUGAAGCUCCACGACUCUCCUAUGCUGUCCUUCAAUCGUCCCCAUAUGUCCCCCACUGUAGGUCCGGUACCCAGCCCGAUGCCUCUGGAUCCAUGGCUCACCUCCCCCAUCUCUAAUGUCACACCCAUGCAUACCAUUCCAGGAUUCAUGGGCUCACCGCAGAGUUUGCAGCCAGCUUAUCCAAGUCACAGCUUUCUCAACACGCCCCCUGGUAUGGUCCAAGGAAUGCAGACCAUGGGACCCCCUCCUUACCAGUGUAUGCCGAGCUUCACCGACAAAUACCCCAUGGAGGACGACAGGAAUUCCAGCAUCGCAGCACUCAGGAUGAAAGCCAAAGAGCACAUUCAGUCGAUGGAUAAAACAUGGCAACACAUGUGAAGACAGUCUGGGCUGACCCUAGAAGGUUCACCAUUCCAAACUGUUUUUCGACAAUUGGAUUUGUUAUAGGAAUCAUGGCACCAAAUGAGUUAAGAAUCUGAUUUUUUUUUUUUGACUGACUGACUGACUGACUGACUGAUAAACAACUUGGAAAUUAAGUUUUAAGGUGUUCCAGGUCAUGUCCUUGGACGAGACGAGACACUUCAUCUGCAUUGUCCCAGUCCACCCAACUAUAAAUGAGUACCAGCCUUCUCUGGGGAAGUGACCUAUGAUGGACUGGCGUCCCAUCCAGGGGGAGUCGUAGACUCUGAUUUGCUUCACACUACGAUACCAGGGGAUAAGCACUUAUGGGCCUCGGGGCCUACACAGAUCUUCUUCUUACCGAAA